ACCGCGAGCACCGAUCGACGCCCCGUCUGACCAAAAGACAAAAGUUGCAGUACUCGUUCGCCUCUUGCCGAGAACACCGGGACGAGAUUCACCUCUCUGCCCACCGUAGCGCACGUGAGCGACCUGACUGCACCGCGAUGACCAACCUGAGCCGCAUCAAGGUUGUCGUACUCGGCACCAACGGCGUUGGAAAAUCAGCCGUCACCGUACGUUACUUGACCAAGAGGUAUAUUGGAGAAUACAGUUCAGGAAAAGACAUGACGUACCAGCACCAAGUGACCUUUGACAGUGUGGUCACAGAAAUCGAAAUCCUCGACACGUCCAUGUGCUCGAGUUGCGUUGCUGAGCACCUGAAAUGGGGGGAUGCUUUCGUCGUGGUUUACAGCGUAGAGGACAAGACGAGCUUUCAGGGCGCGAGAAAAACUCUUCAAAGUUUGUCGCAAGCCAAGGAAUGCUCUUUCUUUAGUCUCCUGCUGCUUGGAAACAAACGAGACCUUGAUUACAUGCGGCAAGUUGGAGUUGAUGAUGGCCAGGAACUUUCCCUUAAGUUUGGCUGUCAAUUUUAUGAGGUGAGCGCUGCAGAGAACAGUGCAGGUGUGACACUAGCGUUCAUGUCACUGCUGAGGGAGGCCAGGUCAGCACAAUUGUUGAGAAAUUUACCCAUCAGGCGGAAGCUCGGCGUCAACAGCGUCUCUAAAGUACUUGGCACGAUCUUUGGCAAGAACAGCAGUCAGAGCAACAAUUCCAGCAGCCAAAGCAAAAAGGACCGCAAGAAGAAGAGGCCGUCGUUGAGCAUAUGACUGUUGCACUGUCUUAGCUUUUUCGCGCCAAAGCCUCGUCUGAUAUGUGGCGGUUCCUCAAAAUUUUGAUCUCAAAAGCGGUGCUGACUCAGAAUUAAUAAGUGACUCGUUUUUUCCCCACGCCUUUGCAAUUUUUGUGUUCACUGCAGCAUACAACGCCAAGUGCCAAAAACAAAAUAUUAUACGACUUUUGUUUAAAAUAGUAAAUUAUGAAAUAAUACCACCUGCAGCGUGUCUAUUUUUAGAUUAGUUAAGCUUUGAUUUAUUUUUAGAUUGUUUGUUGAGAUUUUAGAAUUAAAAAAUAGUUCUCGGUGCAGGAAUUAGAGGCAGUUUCCUUUUUUUAUUAAGUUUGGAUCUUUUGGAAUUUGUAAAGAACUGAUGGACAUUAAAAGUUAUUCCUAGUUUUUAGUGUUUAAUUAAAAAAAACAAAUGUUAAAAUUUUCUAUAUAAUAAUAAAAGUUUUUGAAAUAAAAUGUAAAUUUUGCACUUUUGAAAAUUAAUUUAAAAAAGGGCAGUU